AUGUCUGGCACCUCUUCUCCAACUUUCAAAUGGGUUCCGACAAAUCGUCUGGUCCACGGACGGAUCGUUACGAAGUUUCUGCCAUUGAUGAGACAUCCAGGUCUGGGACUUGAAAAUCCCAACUACUCAAACUUGUAUCCUGGUGAUGAGGUAUAUGUUUUUGAAGAGACCACCGACGGGCGGUGGUUUCGAGGCUAUACGUGUUGGCAGCCAUUACCGGAGGAUUUUAUCGGUCGGCUGAGCUCGUUCAGUGAGCAGUUGCCUGAACAGAAGUUCAAAGUCGUGGUGUUUCCUCAGAGGUUUGCACAUCUUGACUACGAAGAGCAAGUUACUGAUUUGCCCUUUUUAGCCGCACCUGAAAAAUCUCAAUUUUCAUCAUCUACCACCAAUACGCAGCUAUCAACGAUGUUCGACCUGACUGGCGAUUGGUCAAAAGAUGACAUAAUGGAACUAGGUGGCUCAUCCGUCACAAAGGCCAGUCGUCCUCCUUUCCCUUACUUUCGUUUACAGGACUAUGACAUCGUUCAGGAACUGACUCCAAUGCUGUCGCAGCUCGUAACGCAUGUUUACUCCAUGUAUUCUUUCGGAGAGUUCGAGGUCGCGGAAAACAUGACAGAGCUGUAUUACAAGCUCGACGACAUUCGCCUAAGACUUUUGCAUAAGCUCACCACAAGUGUCGAACACGAACAGCUCAUCAAAGACAUGUGCUCAAUGUCGUACAAGAUCGCCAAAUUCAUCUCUUCUAAAGAUUUAACUCCAGCCAGUGCUCAUACAGAAACUUCCAGCCUUGUUCAUGCUUCAGGAUAUGGUAGUAUUUUAUCCAGGGAAAUGUACUCGGGUAAACUGUACAAAUACAACGAGGUGACACCUCAGAUCCUGGCAAGCAUGUCAAUGCUCUGCGGUUUGAGUAACAAUUUCCCGAGUGCGAAUGUUUAUCAGCUGAAGCUUCUUCCCCUGGAGAACAAGACUUUCGAUUCGGUCGAAUCGACGAGCAUUCUAGUGGAUUUCAAGGAUGCUUUGAGCGAUCCCACCGUUAAUCCUAACUUUCAAAACCUCUCCGCUAUAAUGUACUUGCGAGCAGGGAAAACGACGCUCUCGGAGCCAUUUAUUUUAAACAUGGAACGCGAUGAUGUAGUUUCGAUGGACAAUAUAUCGGCAGCGUUGUUCAACAAUAUUCCUCCCAGCGAAGUGGAUAACAACAAGGUGUACUUGGUUGUGGUGCUGACUGAAACAGUCAAGAUUCAACUCAUGUCACCAGAAUCAGGUAAAGGGUUCAGGAAACCGUUUGUACCUUUUCUAACAGGUAGUGACAACAGAUUGUCACACAUGAAAAAGGGUUUGGCGGCUGGAGUUAUCGAUAUCUCUAGACUGAUUACUCGUAAGAAAAAGCAUAAGUUACCGGGUAACUCACAUCAGUUUAAUGUCGAGCUGUUUGGAUCUUACAUGCCCAGUAAGCGAAAGGAUGCUCCCUCGCCACAGUCAAUGGUUAAUGUUGGCAAUGCUCCAAGUGCCGCCGCUUUGACCAGGGCUGCCGCUAAAAUCGAAGAAAACAACGGAUGGGGUGAACUGGUAGACAGAAUUAUCGCUGACGCCAAUAAAGGUAUUGCUGUUAAUCCAAGAAUCCUUUCGCUCUCAGUGACUGUCAGAGAAAUUACAGGCGACUUUGGUCUCUCCAGCGUUUUAAAAAACAACAUGUCUGCUAUUCAGAGCAUACCUACUUGCUCUUAUGACACUCUAUCCAACCCUGAGGACAGGAUUUAUUUGACUUUGGGCAAGACCUCUUUAUGUGGAUUUAAGGCAUACGACACUAACAUAUCGAGCGUAUCGAUUCAAAUCUCAUCCAGCAACCCACUUGUCACGUUCAGAAAUGGUGUCAAUGACGUUUCACGUAGAUACUGGAUGUUCGUAUCUGUAAAACCAGACGAAGUGAUUGGCGAAACAAUACGAAUUGAUGGAUUGGAGGAAAUGAAAAACGAUGAGACUCUCAGAAUAUCGGCUUACAUCAAUGGAUUUCUCAUGGCCAAGUCCAAGUUUUACAUCAAGAGAAAUGAAAAGAUCAUUGAAUAUGCUAAAAAAUCUGUUUUCCAGCUUAUGUCCACAACUAGCGAGCCUCUCGUUGAUUUGGAGAUUACCACUGACUAUGUGGGAAAAAGCUUCAAUGUCGAGUCGUCAAUUCGCAGUUUUCUUCAGUUUUCUUAUGAUUUUAAAAGAUCAUUCUACGAUUUUGAGAAAGAUUGCCUCCAGUUGCUGGCUGAAGUAAAAGCAACACCAGUAAAGGAGCUCAUCAAGACGUUUGAUGCCUUGUUGACCAAAUUCCUCGACGUGUUUUACGUUGCCAAUAUUCUUGAAGAGCAGAGGUCUUCUGACGAAUUUAAAAAAGCUUCUUUUAUGUCUUUGAUGUUUUUCUUGGAUAUGGUUGUCGCUCGUCAAGAUAACUACAGACACUUGUUUAAUGACUUCCUGCUAACAUAUGCAACGAGAAAAUCGGAACUGCCAGAGGUCGGGGCUAAGCUUGUCCACUUUGCUUCGAAAUUUUACCGUUUUUCUCACGAAGUAUGGAAUUACGAUGGAAGAGCUCUUUGUCGAGUUUCGGUUUAUCUUUUCAAACUUGCGGUGUUACUUUCCAGCCCUCAUGAUGACGGCCUACAAAAGUCGCUGGUUGAGUUUUUCGAAGGCAUAUCAACAUUUUUCCGGUUGAGAAAAGAAUCAUCAUUGGUAGACCAAGUGCUGAUUUUGGAAGCGUUUGAUGCGUGGAUCUUAGUUCUCUCAACUCAUUGUGAUUCUAAAAUUCUUGUCGACGCUUCAACUGGCUUAUUCCAGGCUUGCCACGAUAAGGAGCGCACAUGUGGGAUUUAUAGAAGAGCUCUCUCAGUCAAGGAACAAAAGUUUGUGGCCACGAAAUAUCUCGUCAUGCGUCGCCUGAUUGACGUCGACUCAGUAAGAAAUGUUCUGUUGACCCCUGACACAGUCGAAUACUACGAACAGAAGUUCAUUGCUAAGUUGAUUGAAUGGUCUUUCGAGCCUUUCCUCAAUUAUAAUGGCGAACAUCUGCAUUUGACUACCAUCAGGCUAGCGAACGGUGUCCUGGUUAGCGUUAUCAGACGUGCCUCGGAUAUCGUGAAGCGUAACCUUGUCAGACUAAUACCAACAGUGUGUCGAUUUUUUAUCCUGGUCAGGAAGUACUGCAAGGAGAGGGAGCUUUUCAAAUUUAGGAGAACAUUCACAAAGCUGUUCCCAAUUACUUACCCGUUUGACGAAAUUACUGUUGAUUCGAUUGUUCAAGAAGAUAUGGUCGUUGAGGUUUUAGUUGAGCUUGCUACCAUACUAGCAACUAUAACACAAAUGGCGGAGGAAAAUUUCAAAGAUUCGUUGUCUUUCAUGAAAAUAACUGAAAUGUGCUCUGAAGAUAAAGCUUUCAAUUCAGUCUUUUAUGUGACACAGUUUGCAAGAGAAGAUCUUCUUACUGUAGUCCAUACUGUCAGGCUAUUUAUGAAAGGGAGAUUUUUCCCUAGUAAAAAAUGGCUUUCAUUGAGUGAGCUAUAUAACAGAAGCGCUGUCUGCUUAUUCAAGCUCAGCGAAGAAAUUUUGGUGAAACACAAAAUUCCUGUUAUAGGUUCGGAAGAUACACUAGAUAUCAAGUUAUGGAACGAAUGGGUGAAAAUGCUUAUCGCUUUGGGUAAUCAUAUCCCUUCCAACCCGACACUAUUAGCUGAAAUCCCCCGAAAAGCUUUGUAUUUGAUUGGCGGAGACUACAGAACGGAAGUGGCACUAAUGUUGGAACAUUGCUGGGAUGCAUUGGGCCAAGAUACGUCUGGUACCGAGAUCUGGGAAAAGUAUGGUAUAACGAGAGCCAACGGGUUCCAGAACUAUCUAGUUCGCGCUGACAAAACUUUUGUCCGAGAAAUCAUGGAAUUUACGUUUCAGAGGCACACAGAAGCAAGACGAGUUGGUGCAAAGAUUAUUUGGGGUACAUCUGCGAAUUGCUGGCUCACUUAUGGCAACUUGGAGCCUGUCAUGAUGCAAACAACCUCCGAACUUUGUGCUGCCCAUCAGUCAGGUAGAUUCAUCCCAACCCUACACGAAUCUGAAAACUAUGUGAAGGCAUUACUAUUCACCAUUCGUUUGGCAAAAGAUGAUGCCAUGUUUUCUCCCAUUCUAAAAGUCAUGAAGCUGGUACGCGACCUGCUUACCGUCUUGAUUGAGUUUAGUGAAAUUCCCGACGACAAAGAGUUUGACGAUGAUAGAACUGCUCACCAAAUAACAAUCUUUGGGUACCUCUUGGAAGUGAAAAAACCUGAGGAGCUUCACAAGCUCGUCAAUGACUUGUAUAUUUACAACAUCAAGAAGAAGGACAACGUUCAGGCAGCUUUGAGUUUAGAGCUGUUGGCGAGAACGUAUAAGUGGGACCCUAAUGACCUUCUACCGCCUGUUGCAUUUCCGGCACUCCCAGAGCAAUCUUCAUUUCAGCGGAGAGAGUUUCUGUACAGGGAAGUGGCAAAGCAUUUCCAUAAAGGUCUAAAACUCGAAAAGGCUUUGUCAAUCUACAAGGAGUUGGCUCAAGCGUACGAGAAAAUCAAUUACGAUCUAGGCGGUUUGUCGCACGCCCAUGGAAACAUUUCAAAACUUUACGAAGACUUACAGGUAGUGGACAGAUUGGUGCCAACCUACUUCAAAGUAACUUUUGCUGGAUUCGGUUUCCCAAGUUCGACAAGAAACAAGACAUUUAUUUAUGAAGGUCUUCCCUUCGAACACAUUACGUCCAUGCAAACGAGACUCUUGGUUUCCCAUCCUGGUUCAAAAAUAGUCGGCACUCAGGAUGAAGCUGACAAUCUGUUGGUAAAUUCACCAAUCGGGAAGUUCAUUCAUGUAAUUACGGUUGAGCCUAGAGUGGAAAUUUCUGAUGCCUUCACGAACAAGAGCAACAAGGAGAACGCCAAUAACAAAAUCAGACUGUAUGUUGAAAACAGAGAUCUGAACACGUUCUGUACCUACAGAGUCUUACCAGGUGCAACUUCAGCUACGGAUCUCUGGGUCAAAGAGCUGACUUACGAAACCGCUUCCACGUUCCCAACUCUCAUGAACAGAGCAGAAAUCACCUCAACUAGCAGCAAGACCUUAUCGCCGAUCGAAAAUGCUAUCCGUUCCAUGCAGCUGAAGAUCCAAGAUCUGGCCGGGUUGGAAGAUACGUGCUACAAGAUGUUGAAGGAAAAUGGGGACUACACUGCCGUUUUCCCGGAGCUAUCCAGAAACAUCAGCGGCACGAUUGACGCACCAGUUAAUGGUGGUGUCUCUCAAUAUCGUGAUUUUUUUAAAAGUGACGACAGCAAACUGGGUGAUGAAAGUCAAUUGAGUUUACUGAGGUCUACAUUUGACGAGCUCGCGACCAUAUUGUGUAGAUGUCUGGCACUCCAUGGUCACCUGUGCCAUGGGUACAUGAAGAAGUCUCACGAAAUGUUGUUGGGCCUAUUCUACCGGAAUUUCGCAGACGAGGUCGCGAAGAACAGCCUUGUUGUGAACGAGGCCGAUUUGGAUCUUGUUAGUCGCAUCACAUCCAGGACCACCGAUACGAAUUUAAGCAGUGGACCUGUGGUUGAGCCCUCUCUAGAAGCCGUCUCGUUAGCAAAGUCCGUAGCGUCGGGCUCCCAUUCUAUCAAAUCGUCGGAUUCAAACUCUAAUGGCACUGGCUUGAACGGCGUGGCGACCGCGAACCCCGAGACUGCUUCUGUGGCUACUAAUGGUACGAAGCAGAACUCCAGAACCUCAGCGCAGUCGUCGAAAUUAAGUUUGUUCCGGACCGGCAUGAACAAGAAAUUUGGUAAAAGCGCAAAGCCCAAAAAUAAGGCUUGA